AUGUGGGUGCCGGCUACACCUUCUUCUGGGGCAGUCGCCCCAAGGCAGAGCAAAGAGACGCAGGCGUCGCCUUUGCCAUCAUGGGACGACUCCGAGGAUUUGUACGCCCUCCUGGCAACUAUACCGAUGGUGGAUAAAAAGGUUGUCCUUGGUGACUUCAACGUUUGGGUCGGCACAGAUCAUGCUGCCUGGAGAGGAGUGUUGGCUUCCAAUGGUCUCGACGGUUUCAACUACAAUGGCCUGCUCCUCCUGCGAACCUGCGCAGGACACCGACUCAUACUAACCAACGCUUCUUUUGCAUUUCGACGCGGGAAAACGCGACCUGGCUGCGUCCUCGGUCGCGACACUGGCACCUCCUGGACUAUGACCUUCUUCGAAAACGAGACCAACAGGAGAUGCUGGUGA